AUGGCUUCCAACUACUUAAAAGAGCUCGAGGUGGCUCUGCUGGCCGUGCAGCGUGCGGUCCGGCUCACCAAGCGGGUCUUCCACGAAAAGGCCAAGGGGACCGUCUCCAAAGACGACAAGUCCCCCGUCACCAUCGGCGACUUUGGCGCCCAGGCCCUCAUCAUCAGCGCUCUCAAGGCCAACUUUCCACAUGACGAGAUUGUCGCCGAGGAGGAGCCUGCGCAGCUGCGCGAGGACGCUGCCUUGCGGGACCAGAUCUGGGAGCUGGUCAGGAACACCAAGCUCGACGACGCCGCCGCCGAGGGCCUGCUUGGCGGCAGCAUUCCGGAUGUGGACGCCAUGCUGGACCUGAUUGACAAGGGCAACAGCAAGGGCGGGCCGCGCGGCAGGAUAUGGACCAUCGACCCCAUCGACGGCACCAAGGGGUUCCUGCGGGGCGGACAGUACGCCGUGUGCCUGGCCUUGCUGGAGGACGGGCAGGUCAAAGUGGGCGUGCUUGGGUGCCCGAACCUGCCGGUCGACGAUUCGGCGCCGUUGACGGCCGACAUUGGCGCCAACCAGAGCGACGACGAGGGCCGCGGCGUCCUGUUCUCCGCCGUGGAGGGCCAGGGCGCCAUGAGCAGACCGCUCGGCACGGGAGGUCUGUCGGAGGGCAAGACCAUCUCGAUGAAGCCCAUCACCAACAUGUCCGAUGCAAGCUUCUGCGAGAGUGUGGAGGCGGGCCACUCUAACCAGUCCGAGUCCGCGCAGAUUGCGCAGAAGCUGGGCAUCACCAACCCCAGCGUGCGGAUGGACUCGCAGGCCAAGUAUGGCUCCAUCGCCCGGGGAGCUGGCGAUAUUUAUCUGCGUCUCCCGACUUCCAAGACUUACCAGGAGAAGAUUUGGGACCAUGCUGCAGGAGACUUGAUUGUUCGGGAAGCCGGAGGCCAGGUUACUGAUACCAAGGGGGCCCGCCUCGACUUUAGCGUUGGGAGGACGUUGGCGAGCAACAGCGGUGUGGUUGCAGCGCCAGCGGUGGUCCAUGGGCAAGUUCUUGACGUCGUUCAACAGGUUUUGGGUCUGAAAUAG